UAUCUGAACUGAAUGGUAUUAAUUAAAGGACAAAACUGCGGUAUUGGGUAGAGUAGAAAGAAAUCUUCGACAUUUAUCGACAAACCCUUGUUUUGAACGUAAGAAAAAAUCCGCACUUUUAAUUAAAAGCUAAUGAAUUCCAAGGAAGUGUUAUUCAAAGUAUUAAGUUUUCUCCAAUUUGAUUUCAUUCUAAAGUGCGACAGCACUUUUAAGUAUCACUGCAAGUCAUCAGAAAUCACUGUUAAUCUGCUCUGUAGCGCGCUGAGGCCAGUUUCCCGAAUGAGACGAAUCUAAAAAUACAUAUGAGGUAACUGGGAAAGAAUACACCCUGCCUUGUACCCCUUUUGCGCUCAGUGUAACCAGAGAAAGAUAUAUGGAUUGUAUUUCAAAGUCUUGAAAGCUUUUGAAUAGCUAGCUGUUAGCGUACACCAUAUUCAAAAGUGAAGAAGCUGUUGGAAUCGAUGGCUCAAACAUCUUAUGACAUGAGAGCAAUCAUCAUUUGUAGAUCAUGUUGGACUUGACUGACCCCCGUGAUUUUAAUCCAACAAUUCUAAGCUACACAAAACGAAUCGUUCUUGACCCAUUAACGAACAGCCUGUUAAGGAUUAUCUGCCAAAUGUCUUUCAUUUCAACUCUUAAACGAUUUAAUCGCCUCUUAGUAAAACCACUAUCUCGAGAGUAAUAAACGAUUAUAAACAAACACGAGAUCAGACUAAGAUAGAAGUUAUCCACUUAUGAGAUUAGAAUCUAAACAGCUUUCGGUAACCAGUGCGGGUGUACAUCUGAUUUACAUCAGGUCCCAAGAUUGAUCACUCAGACCAACCAGUCGGGAAAUGCGGGUAAUCUUGAGGAUUUAGUGGAAACUGAUGUUUGGGGUUACGCAUGUCCUUCGAGCCAUUCGGUUUUUGGCACGCGACGCGAUUUCUCCUUUAGCAGGAGAAUUUCGUGCAGAUAUACAGAUCUUGUCUAAAUAUUCCCUAAAGGCCUGGUUCUUCUUCAUGGUAAAUUAGGAAACGCACACGUUAUUUCUAAAAACAACAUGAGCUGGCAAACUUGAAGUCGGAAAUGGUCAAUGUAAAGAUUCAGGGAGCUAUCAUGAUGAUAACUUACCAAUUAAACUCUUAGUGGGGGAGGGUCUCUGCUUGAACUGCGUAUCUUUCAUCAAGGGGACAAUCAGGAGGUUUAUUUUUUUAAAAACUUUUCUGCCACUAUUCGUCACAUGGUUUUCAUGGCUCAUCGACACGAUGGGCCAUGAAAACGAUGAGAAAGAGAGAACCUCUAAGUCCGCUUUGUUUUGGAUCUUUAGUAGACAGAAUUUUCAGACGCGACCAAAAGCUUCUUAUUUAAAACCAAAAAUCCACUUCUGUCUUGUUGCCGGUUUACUCAGUAAACUAAAUCCAUUUCGUCGUCGCUCUUUAUACCUUAAUAAAUGGCAAUCAUGGCAAAGGAAAUCUGCCAGUAAGUUUUUAUUGUAAACAGCUCAGGGAAACGUCACAGGUGUAAACUGAUAAUCUUGAGGAUUAGGCAAUUGUCUGGCAAUAUGGGCUUGACAUUUGUUGAACCGGGAUUCCUCGUGCAUCUAAAGAAUUAACUGUCCCAUCACGCAAUCAUAACAAAUGAUAAGACACUUCUUCCUGAGGCCCUAGAUAAAUGGACGUUAAAACUGGAUAGACCUGAUGUCAUCUUUUAGAGUCAUUUCGUCGUUUAUAUUUGAAAUAUUUGUCUUCAGAAACGUUGGAAACCGGAAACAAAUUUAGAGCCAUGAUCAAUUUACGAAAGUAUAUAUCGCUGGUAAAAUAUAAUGAUUGCCUUAGCCGGCGAAGUAUUUGAUGAUCUCAUUAAAAAUGACCCAUCUCUGGUACCGACCGCUUAUAUGUCAGUUAAGGUAACUCCAAUCAUUUACCGGCCCUUUGUUCUGUAAAGUGGAAAUAAGUGAAGGUUAGCAGACUUUAUCUAAUUGGCUGUCAAACAAAUUAGUGCCGUCCGGAUGUUGGUAUCAUAAUAUUUAGCAAUUACAAAUAGUUGUUGCCUUUAAUUUAGACCUGCCGAAGGGUGUAUACUUGUUCCUCAUAGGACGACUUCAUGGCAUCUUUUAGCAUAAACGCGAUCUUAGGAAACGCAAAACAAAUAAAAGAAGAGACAAAUGGAGGACAAACGUAUCUUGAGGAAUCGAAGGAGCUUACAGAUCAUUACCCUGCAGAAUCAUUGACGUGUGCCGAUGAACACAACUUCACCGACAAUACCGAGAUACCUACACAAGAAGCGGAUCAUGUGAACAAGAUACGAAGAAGAAGAACCGCCUUUACAAGUAGUCAACUAAAAUCCUUAGAGAAGAAGUUUCGAGAUAAGAAAUAUCUAACGAUCACAGAGAGAAACAACUUGGCCAAGAACCUUCGUCUUACCGACACUCAAGUCAAAACUUGGUUCCAGAACAGGCGUACAAAAUGGAAAAAACAAAUGGCUCCAGAGUUUGAUACAAGCUUUCGGUGGGAGGAAGCAAACGCAAUGUUUCAACCGAUACAGACAGUGUUUCCUUGUUAUGGACAACUUACACAUCCAAUGCACUCUUUACCGUAUAACUACAACGUCGUGCCAAGUUUUUGUCCUUCAUCAAACCUCCAAGUAGUGCAGUCAAAUAUUUAUCCAUUUGCGUCAACUCGUGGCCACGGGAUAAUAUGAAUACUUAUAUUUAAGAAGCAGUUAGCUGUGCUUGUUAUUGCCUUGCCAGAAACUCUGUUGAAGCAUGUAUCUAAACGUCAUGGGACAGCUGAGCAUCAUAUGAAUGAUUCUCUUGUCUCUAACAUACUAUUCCACUAUGUCUUCAUAGACGUUUACUGAACAAAUAUCGUGUUAAAUGAAGUAAUUUUUAGUUUUAGGAAAUAUUGUAGCUGUCUGUAAUUCUGUUGAGAAUAGUCUAGGAUUGAUUGCUGACUUUUGUCCCAGGGAAUGCAGGAAAACGAAACCAAAGGAAACCACAACAAAUCAUCGGGUUCCUCUUUUGUGCUUAGAAUCUGCAACGCCUUGGCCGAAAUGUCUAACAAUAACUGAAAGAAUUUUAAUUAGGCUGCCGAGAUUUCUUGUUGGUAGGUCUUUAUUUAUUCGAUAUAUUUUUCAUCGAAAAACCUCAGUUUACCAAUGAGAUCCUUUUGGAAAUAUCCGGUAAACCAUAUCCUCCAGCUUGCUCAACCACAUGCUCUGUCAUUUUAAUGUUAAAUCAUUAUAGACCUCAUUUUUCCUUAGCAAUAAUUAACAAAUUUUCCACUUGAUGUUAAAAGGUGUUUUCAUUUGACAAUACACCCGAGAGUCAACCGCCCCAAAUGUGUAGACUUUCUUAUUCGUUGUAAAAAUCCUAUCAAAGGUCAAGAGUAAUGAGACGCAAAAAAUAAAAUAUGACAAAUACAGCGUGGUUAACUGUAUUUAAUGCAUAAAAUGGACGUUAAGAACUGUGUGAAUCACUUAUUGUGUUCCACAGAUAAGAUACUCUAAGGUAGCACAUUUACAGCAUCGCCCCGGCGUUCUGUUUGUCUCCUUCUGGUACCCUGGUCUCAGAGGUUUUCUUCUUCUUUCUGUUACUGAAAUGAAACAUCCGUCACGGCGGUCAAAACGAGCGGAAGAAUAAAACUAACCCGUCGCUUCCCGAUUCGAUUUUACCGCUUCACCGUUUAAAUUUUAAGAAACUUUUGGACCUUUCUUCACAAAAAUCUCAUCGUCUUUUAAUUAACAUGGAUCUGUUUAUGUUUUUCCUCAGUUAAAUAGACGAUUCGAUCGAGGCCUUGAUCUACUGUAUUUCUUUUUAUUCCAAGCUUUCCCCGAUCUACAGCAU